CCGCUGAGCCACCUGGCCUGCCGUUUAAUUUUUUUAUGUGAGAAAUAAUUUAAUUUACAUUUUUCUGAAUUCUUGUGAAUUCAGCAUCUUUUCAUAAUUUUGUAGGCCAUAUUGUUUUCAUUUUUCGAGGUCUUACCUUAUUACCGUUGCUUAAUUUUCUGUUGUAUUGUUCAUUUUUAUCUUACUGAUUUCAAGUCUUGCUGGAAAAGCAUGAAAAAGAAGAUAAAGGCGAUGUCAAAACUGCCUAAGAUAGUAGGUGACCUUAAAAAAAAAAAAAGAUAGUAGGUGACCUUCAGUGUUGGCUUCUUGCAUAAUCCAGAGAAACAGACCUGCUCAGUGGGAUGGACAGCAAUCCCAGUCCUGCUUCCUGCCACUCACACAUCUGCAGAUCGUCCUGCCAGCUGUGUUUGUCUGCAUUGCUCUGGUGUUCAGCCUGAUUGUGCCCCUUUGGCAAGUACCCCAGCCUGGAACUUCAGCCCUGGAUGUACAACGAACAGUACACAUUUGUCAGAGAUGUGCCCUGCUCAGUGGGGGAGGAGGAGUGGACCACCGCCCCAGUUCCCCAGACCAUCACGGACCUCUUCCAAAAUGGGAACUGGAUGAUGGGAGAAUCCCUCACCCACCUGCCAUGUAGCAGUGACAAAAUCAAGAUCUGUCCAUGUGUCCCCUGGGGGCAGGGGGCCUGCCUCCCCCACAGGAUACCAUUUCUAACAGGAACAGCAAGCAAAUAAUGAACCUGAAGUGACUGUCUCCAAGUUCUGAGGAAAAAAAGAAUUCUAAAGGAGAUGGUUUCAUUAUUACUAAAUAUCCAGGUAAAUACUUGAAAAGCAUUUUACUUCCUGGAUGGAAGUAUAGACUGGGUGAAGACAAGGAAGCCAAGUGGAUUUGGAAAGUAAAAGAAAAGCAUGCAAAAAUUACUGAAGAAUCAUGAAUAACAUAGAAGAAAAGAACCAAGAUUUGGUACUUUAUGAAAAGGCAACUAGUUCAUUUAGUUAGUACUGAAAUUUGAGAGAGAGCUAAGAGGGUAAGUUUCUAAAUAAGAUUUUUCAAAUCUCUUGUAAUCUUUUUUUUUUUUUUUAAGAUUUUAUUAAUUCAUGAGACACACACACACACACACACACACACACACACACAC